CAGUCUCCUUGUCCACUGCGAGAGUGCGAGUCUGCGACAGCCUCUCUCAAGUCUCACCACCUCAGCGUCUCGCCCCACUCACGAGUUCCACAGUCGAAGAUGUCCAGAGCCAUCGACGCCCGCAGCGGCUACUGCGCAACAACCAAGUCAUUCCGCAGCCUCCGCCCGCCGCUGCCGCAGCCGCUGCCGCCGGCGGACGUCCCACUCACAUUCCCGGCCUUCGCGCUGUCGCUGCUGCCGUCCCCUCUCCCCGCCCACCCCGCGCUCCUCGACGCCGCCACAGGCGAGGCCGUCUCCUACCCGGCGUUCCUGUCCCAGGCGCGCGCGCUCGCGGCCGCGCUGCGCUCGCGCGUGCUCCCGCUCGGCCGCGGCGACGUGGCCUUCGUCCUUGCCCCCUCGCGGCUCGACGUGCCCGUGCUCUACUUCGUGCUCCUCGCCGUCGGCGUGGCCGUGUCCCCGGCCAACCCGGCCCUCACCGCCGGCGAGGUGUCCCGUCUCGUCUCCCUCUCCGGCGCGUCCUUCGCCUUCGCGGUCUCCUCCACCGCCGCCAAGCUCCCCGCCGGGCUCCCAACCGUCCUCCUCGACUCCCCGCGCUUCCGCUCCCUCUUGCACUACGACCAAGGGGGGAACGAGCCGGACCCGCUCGACGCGGGCUCGCUGCGGCAGUCCGCAACGGCGACGAUCCAGUACUCCUCCGGCACGUCAGGGCAGGUGAAGGCGGUGGCGCUGACGCACCGGAGCCUCAUAGCGAUGGCGGCGGGGCUACACGCCCGGCACGUGAAGUCGAGCAAGGGCGUCGAGAGGGUUCUGAUGAGCGCUCCCAUGUUCCACUCCAUGGGUUUCGCGGUCGUGUUGAACGGGCUGGCGCAGGGGCGGACGGUAGUCGUGAUGACGGCCGCGGCAGCGCGGGCAGGGUUACGGGGGAUGCUGGAGGCGGCGGAGCGGUGGGAGGUCACGGAGAUAACGGCGGCGCCUCCCGUGCUUCUGGGGAUCACCAAAGAGAGGUACCGGCUAAAGAGUCUGGCGCGGGUGGUCUGCGGCGGAGCCCCUCUGCCGACGUCGGUGGCGGAGCAGUUCCGUCGGCGCUUUCCUCACGUGGAUCUACGCACGGGUUAUGGCUCAACAGAGGCUGGGGCCGUGUCCAUGAUGGUCGACCGGGACGAGUGCUCCCACGUAGGCUCCGCCGGCCGCAUCAACCACAACGUCGAGGCGAAGAUGGUCGACAUCGUCACUGGCAAGCCCUUGUCCGUCGGGCAGAAAGGGGAGCUGUGUCUGAGAGGUCCUUCCAUCAUGACAGGUUACGUAGGCGACGAGGAGGCGAACGCGGCCGCCUUCGAUUCGGAAGGCUGGCUCAAGACCGGCGACCUUUGCUACAUUGAUCAGGAUGGGUUUCUGUUCGUGGUUGAUAGGCUCAAGGAGCUCAUCAAGUACAAGGCCUAUCAGGUCGCGCCUGUAGAGCUGGAGCUUAUCCUUCAGUCGUUGCCAGAAAUCGUCGAUGCUGCAGUUAUGCCAUAUCCUCACGAAGAGGCAGGAGAGAUACCCAUGGCGCUCGUGGUGAGGCAACCCGGCAGCAAGAUCACCGAAGCACAAGUCAUGGAGCAUGUGGCGAAGCAGGUGGCGCCGUACAAGAAGGUCCGUAGGGUGCUCUUCAUCGACUCCAUACCCAGAUCGCCGGCCGGGAAGAUACUGAGAAGGCAGUUGUCGAGCCAUCUGUCCAGACUUUGAUCAAGCUUGUGAGAUCAUCAGUGAGAUCAUCUCCUAUAUUCAUUGCAACGGGCAAAAAAGAAGACUUAUAUAGUAUCGAGAGCACAUGUGGGCUGCUCAAUGUUAAGUUAAAACCUUGUUGUCCCCUAUUGAAACAUGUCGUGAAGAAUUUUAUUUUUCUUCCGCUUGUUACUUGUCAAUUUACACACCUACUUCCUCCAUCCUAAAAUGUAAGACAUUUUUCUGUUACUAUUAUAUUGUUAGAAAAGGUCUUACAUUUUGAAACGAAGGGAGUAGAAUAUAGGGUAUGUUUGAUUCGUGCCUAAGGGCCAGUAUUUUUUUU